UCAACCAACGCAAUCGCUACCAAAAUGAACGAACACAGCAGUACUGUAGUCUACUACUGUACCGUAGUACAAUUUACCGGGGCAGCUUCUCCACACAGGGCUAUAUCGCACGUGUUGUUACUGACAAUGAUCGCUACCAGUGAGCUUUUUAUGAAAGCGAUUUUCCACUAAAUAAAUGUCAAGCUUAUUUACGUUUUUGGGGGCAUAUUUUCAGUUAGCAGAGGGUACUGUUUGAAUCGCGAUUCCAUCUUCUACUGCCGGUAACGUCGUAGAAUAAUCUUCAAAGGGGGUUCUUUAUUCAUGAAUGAAUGCAAUAUGUGUAGGCUAAAUUCCUUAAAAUAUCACGAGAAGGGAAAAACUUAAAAGGACGUUUAAGUCAUAGAGAUUAAGUCAAUUUUUACACCGGUCUGCCAAAUGUAUUCGUUUUGAUUCAACGAUGAGGCUGCCUCUUGCAGGGGAAAUGAGAAGACAUCUAAUUUCAUUCUACACUACACUCGUAUUUUCAGUUGUAAAUGAGCAGCAAAAAAAAUGCUUUUAAAUCUAUGUAAUCUUUAUAAAUAAUAAGUAUGCAUUUUUAUAUAAAAUAUACAGAAAUAUCAGUUGUAAAAAUGUCAUUCAAAAACGGACCCCUGUGCAACCGACGCAAGCAAGCACACCCUACAAUUUCCCCAGAAAAUUGACCCUCUCUAGUUAAAUAUUGCAAUACUUUGCGCUACUGUAUCGAUAUAAUUGCGUGCGCAAAAUAUCGCGAUACUGAACAGAAUCGAUUUUUCCCCCCACCACUAGUUGAUACCCUGACAUCAUGGUGUCAGGACAAUAACCUCUCUCAACGUCAGCAAGACUAAGGAGAUGAUUGUGGAUUAGGAGGCGGCAGGAGGAGGAGGAGCAUGCACCCCUACACAUCAACGGAUCAGAAAUGGAGAAGGUCAGCUGCUUCAGGUUGCUAGGGGUGAACAUCAGCAAUGACCUCACCUGGUCUGCUCACACGGACAAGGUGGGCAAAGCGGCCCGGAAACGCCUCUUCUUCUUGAGGAGAAGAAUCUUGGCAUGGACUCGGUCAUCCUCACUAACUUGUACAGAUGCACUAUAGAGAGCCUACUGACUGGUUGCAUGGGAGCUGCAGAGACAGGGACCGCAAGGCCCUACGUAGUGUGGUCAGGUCUGCUGAGUUCAUCAUCGGCAGGAAGCUCCCAGCCCUACAGGACACCUACCACACACGAUGCCUCAAGAAAGCUGGCAGGAUUCUAAGAGACUGUUACCACCCAUCCUUCAGUCUUUUUACCCCGUUACCUUCUGGCAGGUGAUACCAAAGCAUUCGGUCUCGCACACGCAGACUGGACAACAGUUUCUUUCCAAGGGCCAUCAGGCUUCUGAAUGGACAUUGAUAUGGACACUGAUACACUUCUCACUAGUCACUUUACACACUUUCAGCUACUGGUUGCACUAUCAACAAUAUUGCACUAUUGUACUUCACUUGUCUUAGGUUAGUAUAGGUUUAUAAGGUUAGUAUAGGUUAUCAUGUGUAUUAUGUGUAUUUAGAGGUUUAGUAUACUGUAUUGAAUAUUGUAUUUUAUUUGUAGCUUAUUAUAGAUGUAAUCUAUGUUCUGGGUUUUGCGUUGUCUUGUCCUAAGAAUUUCACUGCCCAGUCUGACCCUGUGUUGUUCUGUGCAUCUGACAAUACAAGACUUGAACUUGAAACGUCUAACAAAUUCGUCAUCAUCACUGUAUAAUUUUGUGGCACGGACGGUAACGGUAGGCUAGGCCUAUAUCACGAUAUAUGAGUUAAAAAUAAAGUCAAUUGGCCGCGUUUGGAUGGAGUAGGCUGGCAGGUUUGUCGCAUGAGUUGCGUUUUUUUAUGUGUUGUCAAUUCCUAUAUUAAAAGUCUAAACUUUUAGUUACUAAGCAUUUGUUUGUAGGAGUAAAUCGAGUUUCAGACAAACUUAUACGAUCAGUGAGCUACUGAGCCUAGUAGUGGUAUAUAGCCUCGUAUUUUGAAGAUUUAUGUGAAACUUAAGUAGGCCUAUGGUCUAAACAAUUCAAGUGUACGAUUCAAUACGAAAAUUAAUGAAAAUAAUGACGAUGCAUGCAUGCCUAUCAUUGUAGCCUUUUUACCGUGCUGGUGCCAUCUGGUGUUUCAAAUGUGCAACUGCAUCUCGAGUGUUUGUAUCCUUGACUUUUUUGUAUCCAAGGUUACGUUUUAACAUAUUUUGAGACAAUGUAUUUAAAGAUCAAAGCUAUGUUGCAGUUCUAACAACUAUGAAGAUGCAGACAGUGUUGUGAGUCUCAAGAUCCCCUACUGGCCAAUCAUACUUGAUCAUGGGCGGAGACUAGACAGAGAAGACAUCUUAAGCCUCCAGAGAGACUACAGAGACUCAACCAGAGAGACUACAGAGAGAGAGACUCGACCAGAAACAGCAAUAACUAGACAGAGGAUCAACCAGAGAGAAACAAACUUCCAGAGACUAGAUCAGGAUCCAGAGAGAGAAACUAAAAUUGAACAGACAGAGAACAAAGAGAGAGCUGAGUUAUGAAGACACAUCCCUGUGAUACAUGUGGGAAGAGCCUUUCCUCAUCCAGUAACCUCAAGAUGCACAUGAGGAUCCAUACUGGAGAGAAGCCCUACAGCUGUGACCUCUGUGGUAAAACCUUUAGACAGGCUGGGGAUUUAACAGCUCACCACAGAAUCCACACUGGAGAGAAGCCCUACAGCUGUGACCUCUGUGGUAAAACGUUUAGCAGUAAUAGAAGUUUCACAGGUCACCGCAGGAUCCACAGUGGAGAGAAGCCCUACAGCUGUGACAUCUGUGGUAAAACAUUUAGCCAGGCUGGCCACGUCAGAGAUCAUAGCAGGAUCCACACUGGAGAGAAGCCCUACAGCUGUGACCUCUGUGAUGAAACCUUUAGCCGGGCUAGCAGUUUCAAAGAUCACCGCAGAAUCCACACUGGAGAGAAGCCCUACAGCUGUGACCAUUGUGGUAAAACCUUUAGCAGUAAUAAAAGUUUCACAGUUCACCGCAGAAUCCACACUGGAGAGAAGCCCUACAUCUGUGACCUCUGUGGUAAAACUUUUCGCCAGGAUGUCCAUUUUAGACAUCACAGGAGGAUCCAUACUGGAGAGAAGCUGUACAGCUGUGACCUCUGUGGUAAAACCUUUAGCAGUGGUAGCAGUUUAACAAUUCACCGCAGAAUCCACACUGGAGAGAAGCCCUACAGCUGUGACCAUUGUGGUAAAACCUUUAGCAGUAAUAAAAGUUUCACAGUUCACCGCAGGAUCCACAAUGGAGAGAAGCCCUACAGCUGUGACCUCUGUGGUCAAACCUUUAGCAGUGGUAGCAGUUUGACAAUUCACCGCAGAAUCCACACUGGAGAGAAGCCCUACAGCUGUGACCUCUGUGAUAAAACCUUAAGCAGUGGUAGUAGUUUGACAAUUCACCGCAGAAUCCACACUGGAGAGAAGCCCUACAGCUGUGACCUCUGUGAUAAAACCUUUAGCAGAGCUAACCAUUUCACAGUUCACCGCAGAAUCCACACUGGAGUGAAGCCCUACAGCUGUGACCUCUGUGGUAAAACAUUUAGCUGUGAUAGCAGUUUGACAGUUCACAGCAGAAUCCACACUGGAGAGAAGCCCUACAGCUGUGACCUCUGUGGUAAAACCUUUAGACAGACUGGGGAUUUGACAGUUCACCGCAGGAUCCACACUGGAGAGAAGCCCUACAGCUGUGACCUCUGUGGUAAAACCUUUAGCCAGGCUGGCCAUUUCAGAUCUCAUAGCAGGAUCCACACUGGAGAGAAGCCCUACAGCUGUGACCUCUGUGGUAAAACCUUUAGCAGUGAUAGCAGUUUGACAGUUCACAGCAGAAUCCACACUGGAGAGAAGCCCUACAGCUGUGACCUCUGUGAUAAAACCUACAGCAGCGGUAGCAGUUUGACAAUUCACCGCAGAAUCCACACUGGUGAGAAGCCCUACAGCUGUGACCUCUGUGGUAAAACAUUUAGCAAUGCUAGCAAUUUCAAAGUUCACCACAGGAUCCACACUGGAGAGAAGCCCUACAGCUGUGACCUCUGUGGUAAAACAUUUAGCAAUGCUAGCAAUUUCACAGUUCACAGCAGGAUCCACAGUGGAGAGAAGCCCUACAGCUGUGACCUCUGUGACUAUUCAGGUAAAACAAAUGACCAUCUGAAGAGUCACCUGCGUGUCCACCAUAGGAAAAAACCCAAAGCAGUGAUGUGUGGGGCCAAUCUGUCCCAGCAGUCACCACCUGAGAGAACUUCUGUAUGACCCACAGCUGGAAGAACUACCGGCCUACAACUACAACAUCUAAAAUCCUCUGCUGUUAAGACUGUUUCUUCCAUUUUGUUCUAACUUUUAUUGAUGUAAGACUAUUUAGCCUGUGUUACGAACCUUGUCUAGGGGGAAAGGCUGUAACACUGGACAAACACAAGACAGAACACGCAUGCAAACAAGACGAGGGACGUAACAGCCUGUGUUUUGCACCUCUCUUUCACCAACUGUCUUCGGAGGAGAGCACUGAACUGCUCCUCCCAAGGGUUCUUCUAUGUUUUCGUCAAAUUUUCCUUGUCUUUAGGUUGUUAGAGGGGCAGUUCUAUGGGCGUAUGUGAAGACCUCUGUGACAUUGCUUGUAAAAAGACCUAUACAAAUAAAUGUGAUUUGAAUAACAUCAGUCCUCCAUUGCACACUGAUCUUCAUCCAUUGUUGAAGAAUACGGACACACUUCUCUGUAUUUACUUUUGCAAGUAAAGGGUCAAGAGACUGGAUGGUUCUGAAACAAAAGGGUUUAUUGUCCUAUUUACCAGAUGAUAGCCUGAUAACAGGGCAGUUUACACCCUUCUCUCCUACCUUACUGGAGGAUGAAGACUGCACAGAGAUUUACAUUUAACCCUUAGGAACAGAGAUGUGUUAAACAGGGCUGGGCGGUAGGGAGGGGCGUUGUUAGACCCUUUUCACUGGGGCACAUGCCCCAGUAUGAAUCUGCUAUGCCCCAGUAAAAUCUAAAGUUUGAGUUUUAACAAUUUACUUUAUUAGUCAGUGCAUUCAUUUAGAUUGAUAAUCUCAGAAAAAUUGAACGCAAUAUCCCAAUCAACGCUUGUAAAAUAAAAAUAAACAGUAUUUGCGUUCAAAUGAAUGCA